CUUAGAUUGGCUCUAUGGCACCACAAUCGAUCGUUGCGCUGUGCCGGUCUUCGCUGCAUUAUCUUCUAUCUGCAUUGUGUACAAGACGUCAACCUGCUUCUUGCCUCCCGUUUGGACAUUCUGAUUGCACGGUUGUUUUCACUUUUCACCAUCCUGUUUGGCUUCUUCAUCAAGCCUGAGGAUAGCACUCACUGGCCUUAUAAGUCAUCGGAGCUAAUCACUCAGAAUUCAGUCGCCAAGAUUAGUUCGUUGAUCUGUAUUAAGGUGAAUGGAGCCAACAGGUCAUCUUACAUUGAUAUUACACCAGAUCUGCUUUACGCCCUUUUUGGUUUUAGCUGUGUUGUAGCUGAGCUAACGCCUACACCAUUUCGCCAGGGGCUUCUAUAA